AUGAUGAGAGACACACAAAUCCUAUUUGACCUAUCUAAUUUAGAUGACGAUAUUACAGAUGACCCAUCUUUAAUUGAAAAGAUCAACAAAUCAAUUGCAACAAUAGAAUUAACUUUUAAUAAAUACAAGUUUGAAGAAAUUGCACUUUGUUUCAAUGGUGGAAAGGAUUGUGUUGUAUUAUUACAUUUAAUGAACUAUGUUUUGGUAAAGAGAACAAAACAACAAAAAGAUAAUAAUAUAGAUAAUAAUAAUAGUAUUGAUAGUUAUAAAUUAAGAACAUUAUAUUUCCAUUCAGAAGAUAGUUUUAAAGAGGUCACUAAAUUCACUGACUACUGUUCAAAGAUAUAUAAUUUGCAUGUCGAAUCGAUAGACAAAGGUUUGAAAGAUGGUUUAGAACAACAGGUCAACAUGCAUAGUAUCAAAGCUAUUUUCGCAGGUACAAGAUCAACUGAUCCUUAUUCAAGUCAUUUAACAGAGUUUACACAAACCGAUCCUUCAUGGCCACAAUUUAUAAGAGUUAGUCCGAUUUUAGAAUGGAAUUAUGCAGAUGUUUGGAAGUUUAUUAGAACAUUUAAAAUACCAUAUUGUGUUUUGUAUGAUGAAGGAUAUACUUCGAUAGGACAUGUCAAUGAUACCAUUCCCAACCCAGCGUUAUUAGAUGAAUCAACCGGUAAAUACUUACCUGCAUAUCAUUUGAAAGACGGUACUUUAGAGAGAUCUGGUCGAUUAAAAAAAGUACAAUAA